GUGAAGCUGGGCCAUUCCAAAUCAAACAUAUCUCUACCAGCAAAUUUUCAAAGAUAUCUCUGAAAACGAACUUCCUUCCCUCCAUUGAAGAAAACCAGCAGAUCUCUGUAAGACCGGCCUAUUUACUGGCAGAAUUGCAGUAAUUUGAAUCAAGCUACCCAUCAGUUCUGCACAGAUUGCUCAACGUUUCUCUCAAUUUUUGUGUGUGCAUUGUCUAUGUAAGAUCGCAUUUCACACAAACGUUACGGCCUUUAGGAAUUAUUUAUUGUCAUCAUUAGUUUUAGAGCCGUCGAAGAAAUCAAUUUGUGUGAUGGAUGCAAAUACGAAAAGAAACAGAUGAUUCGACGCUCCUUCGAAAAAUUACUCUGCAUUUUCAGCUGGAAUUAAUGAUGUGCUCUGAAGUUUAAGCCUGUGAAUAACUUCAGGGGAGAUACUCAAGGAAGUGAAGACAAGGGAAAAAGUUCUUUAAUCUGGGGAAACGGCUAAUUUUGAGAUGUUUUUUCGUUCAAAAAACUGGUUUGACUAAGCUAAUUUUAGACAGCAGGAGGUCGCAGCUAUAUAAAAGGAAGACUUCGAACCCCUUUGGAAGUGAAGAAAAGGAGGGAGGAUAAGGAUAUCGUAGUCUGAUGGAAAAGAUUAUGGUUGCUGUAAAGGCAUCCAAGGAAAUACCCAAGACGGCUCUUGUUUGGGCCUUGACACAUAUUGUUCAACCAGGAGAUUGCAUUGCACUUCUAGUUGUUGUCCCUUCCCAUAGUUCUGGAAGAAAAUGGAUGUUCCCAAGGUUUGCAGGAGAUUGUGCCCAUGGCCAUCGAAGGGCGCACACUGGAACUAGUUCUGAGCAGAAAUCAGACAUAGCAGAUUCCUGCUCCCAAAUGAUCUUUCAGCUUCAGAAUGUAUAUGACCGGAAAAAGAUAAAUGUCAAGAUUAAAAUUGUUUCUGGGUCACCGUCCGGGGCUGUGGCAGCUGAGGCAAAGAGGACUCAAGCGAAUUGGGUCAUUUUUGACAAGCAGCUCAAGCACGAGGAAAAACGUUGCAUGGAAGAGCUGUUGUGCAACAUUGUAGUAAUGAAGCGGUCUCAAGCAAAAGUUCUCCGCCUUAAUUUAGUUGGAUCAUGUAAAAAGGAGAAUGAAGUUUCCAGUUCAAUACCUCCAGAGAAAUCUCAAUCAAGUAGUCCGGAGAUAUUCACUAGUCCAGAGAUAUUCACUGCCACUGAAGGUGGUGGUACCCCCUCAGCUUAUAGUUCAGAUCCAGGAGGAACCUCUCCAUUUUUCAACAUGUUACCAAGUAGAGAUGUACAAAGAGGGGGGCUGUUGGAUAUAAGAGAAGACCACCAUGGCAAUGAAUCACGUUCGGAGAGUGAUAGUGAAAACUUGUCUUGCUCCUCAAGAAACGUAACUGUUCAUCCAUGGAUGUCAAACAACUUCAUCAAACCACAAUUCCAGUCCCCCCAUCACCACCAAGAUGGCAGAUUUGCAGCAUCCCCAAGCUUUAGGUCUGACCUGGAUUUCACCGGAAAUUUGAGAGAUGCAAUUUCACUUUCUAGAAGUGCCCCUCUUGGUCCACCUCCCUUGUGUACAAUAUGUCAACACAAGGCACCUGUCUUUGGGAAACCUCCUAAGUGGUUCAGCUAUGCUGAGUUGGAACAUGCAACAGGUGGAUUUUCUCAGGCCAACUUUUUGGCCGAAGGAGGGUUUGGAUCUGUUUACAGAGGUGUCCUCAAUGACGGUCAGGUGGUUGCUGUUAAACAACAUAAAUUGGCAAGUUCUCAAGGGGAUCAAGAAUUUUGUUCAGAAGUUGAGGUUCUUAGUUGUGCUCAGCAUCGGAAUGUAGUUAUGUUGAUAGGAUUCUGUAUUGAAGAUAGCAGAAGGAUGUUAGUUUACGAAUACAUUUGCAACGGGUCUUUAGAUUCCCAUCUUUAUGGAAAUAAUGAAGAUCCCUUACAGUGGUCUGCCCGCCAAAAGGUGGCUGUUGGAGCUGCAAGGGGAUUGCGUUAUCUUCAUGAGGAAUGUAGAGUAGGAUGCAUUGUUCACCGAGACAUGCGGCCCAACAACAUUCUUAUCACCCAUGACUUUGAACCACUGGUUGGAGACUUCGGUCUAGCUAGAUGGCAACCUGAUGGAGAUACAGCAGUCGAAACACGUAUUCUUGGGACAUUUGGGUACUUGGCUCCAGAGUACACUCAAAGCAGCCAGAUCACAGAAAAAGCCGAUGUUUACUCAUUUGGUGUGGUACUUGUUGAACUUGUCACCGGACGCAGAGCAGUGGAUCUAACCAGGCCCAAAGGCCAGCAGUGUCUCACAGAAUGGGCCCGUCCAUUGUUGGAAGAAUAUGCCGUUGAGGAAUUGAUCGAUCCCAGGCUAGAAAACUGCUAUGUGGAGCAUGAGGUUCAUUGCAUGUUGCAUGCUGCAUCAUUGUGCAUACGUCGUGAUCCUCAGGACAGGCCACGGAUGUCUCAGGUACUUCGCAUGCUUGAAGGAGACAUCAUCAUGGACUCAGGUCGCAUAUCUACCCCAGGCCAGAGCAGAAGGAUAUGGACUGAUGCCUCCCCACAGUAUCAAAAAUACAGCAGCCCUAUGU